AUGAGAAACCAUCCCAAUCUUAGAUAUGGGAAUUCAUCAAACCAACUCAACCCGAACUUUCAAGGAAACAACCAAACCAGUGGAGCACCAUCUCAACCGUUCCAAAACCGAAAUUACAACCAAGGAAAUUAUCAAGGUGGCCAAAAUCAAGGGUUCAAUAGAGGCUAUCCAAGGAACUAUCAACAAGGUAAUAACCAAGGUGGGAAUUCGGGAGGUAAUGAGGUAUCAACCGGGGAGAUUAUGGAGUACUUGAAGGAAAUGGAUCGAAAGAAUGAGAUUCGGGACAAAACGGUUGAAAGUUUGCAAAAGCAAGUUGGUCAAUUGGCGGAAGAUGUGGCUGCGUUGAGAAAGGAUCCGGGGAAGCUACCAAGUGACACAAAGAUCAAUCCACAACACCAAAGUAGCGGCUCAAAGAAUAUCAAGAAUGUGGAGAUAAAUAAUGUAAGUACUCUUCGUAGUGGUAGGAUUUAUGAUAAUAAAGUUGAACCUUCAUCAUCACUGGUAGAUGGUGUGGUGGAGGAAGUUGAUGAUGACCAAGAUAGUGAGCAUGAACCGGAAUUUGUUUUGCCUAAACCAAGUAAAAAAGUGUCUUUUAAAGAGGUAAAAAACAAUAGGUCUAGUGAAAAAUUUUCUGAAAAACAAGGUAAGGAUAUGGAGGGUAAUACCAUUCCUUUCCCUUUGGCUUUGAUUGAUCCAAAACUUAGGCCUACACUUAAGAAAAGAGGUCCCCAUGAGGAAGAAAUGUGGGAAAUUUUUAAACAAGUGAAAAUCAAUAUACCUCUUAUUGACAUAAUCAAACAAGUUCCGGCUUAUGCUAAAUACCUCAAGGACUUGUGUACCCAAAAACGGCAGCAUAAGCUUCCAAAGAAAAUUGUUUUAAAUGAGGAAGUUAGUGCCGUUGUGAUGGGCAUACUCCCACCCAAACUCCAAGAUCCAGGAGCACCUUUGAUUACAAUUCAAGUUGGUGAUUUUAAGAUGAAAAGGUCACUUUUGGAUAUUGGGGCGGGUGUGAGUAUCCUACGGGCAACCCACCGUUAUUUGGGUAGACCCUUUUUGGCCACCGCUAAUGCAUUAAUUGAUUGUAGAAGGGGUACGGUUGAAAUGACCUUUGGCAACCGUAAGAUUAGAUUGAAUGUUUUUGCUAGUGUUCCUAACCCCGUAGUUAGUGACGAAUGCUUUAUGGCGGACGUCAUUGAUGAGUGUAUUUCUCAUGAAAAUGAGGAGGACACACGGGAGUCUUGUGCUUUAGUUGACAGGUUAAUUGUGGAGCAUAGUGAAACAUUGAAGAAGGAAGAGAAAGAUUGGGAGAUCAUGGCAAUUCAAGAAGGUAGACCACCAUGGACUCACUUGGUGGAAAGUCUACCGGAUCAUAUUGAUACUCAUCUCAAGCCUUCCAUUGAAAGUCCACCACAAGUUGAGUUGAAAGAGCUCCCAUCUCAUUUGAAGUAUGCAUUUUUGGGAGAAGAACAAACUUUACCGGUGAUUAUUGCAUCAAAUUUGGAAGAAGUGCAAGAAAAGGCAUUGCUAAAAGUGCUCAAGGAAAACAAGGCGGCCAUUGGGUGGACAAUUGCCGACUUAAAAGGUAUUAGUCCAUCAAUUGUGAUGCAUAAGAUAAUCACCGAUUCUGAAGCAAAACCUUCACGUGAUGCUCAAAGAAGGUUGAAUCCUCAUAUGCGUGAAGUUGUGAAGAAGGAGGUGCUAAAAUGGUUGGAUGCUGGAAUUGUUUACCCAAUUUCGGAUAGUACAUGGGUGAGUCCAACACAAACGGUACCUAAGAAAGCCGGAAUUCAAGUGGUGAAAGGAGAUAGUGGUGAGCAAAUUGCUACCCGACCCAUCACCGGGUGGAGGGUGUGCAUUGAUUACAGGAAAUUGAAUACCGCUACUUCAAAAGAUCAUUUCCCAUUACCAUUCAUUGAUCAAAUCAUCGAAAAACUUGCAGGUCAGAAGUUUUAUUGUUUUCUAGAUGGUUAUUCAGGUUAUAAUCAAAUUGCUAUCCAUCCCGAUGACCAACACAAGACCACAUUCACAUGCCCCUAUGGGACUUUUGCCUUUAGGCGAAUGCCAUUCGAGUGUUUAAAAGCUUUCGAAACCUUGAAAGAGAAAUUGGUUGAAGCCCCCAUUUUGCAAUCACCAAAUUGGUCCAUGCCAUUUGAAAUUAUGUGUGAUGCAAGUGAUUUUGCAAUCGGGGCUGUUUGGGGCAACGGCAAAGUGAUAGUGUACACAGAUCAUAGCGCGGUGAAGCAUUUGAUGGAGAAAAAGGAUGCAAAACCAAGGCUAAUUCGGUGGGUGUUGCUACUACAAGAGUUUGAUUUGGAGAUUCGAGACAAGAAAGGAAGUGAGAACGUGGUAGCGGACCACUUGUCAAGGAUUCAAUCAAUGGAUGAUGGAUCAACCAAGGAGAUCAAUGAAACGUUUCCGGAUGAACAUUUACUAACCAUUUCUAUUGUUCCUUGGUAUGCAAAUUUUGUGAAUUUCUUGUCUGCAGGUAAGAUACCGGAACAUUGGCCUAAGAGAAAGAAACAAAACAAUUCUUGGCACAAGCAAAGCAAUACAUUUGGGAUGAGCCGGAUUUGUUUAAAGUGGGCCGGAUCAAUUGGUGAGAAGAUGUGUUCCGGAAGAAGAAAUUCAAGAGGUUUUGACUCAUGCACACUCAUUUGCAUGUGGAGGUCACUUCAGCGGCCAAAAGACAGGUCAUAA